AUCCACACUAGAAAGUUAGAGGCGCGUUGCAGGGGAUCGUGCGGACUCCGAAGGCCGAAGUGAUUUUGUGUUUUUCUCCAAUCGUCGUAAGAGUUUGGGCAUCUCCCUCCUCUCUUCAAUCUCCAUCUCCAGAGGAUAAAACCGCUUUUCCCAUCGCGGCAACGGAUUGUUCAACCUCCUUCGGAUUUGCCCGCAAAAAGCAAAAGCCCCCUUCGAUUCUCAACCUGGGACGCUGUAAACGAUUCGAGAAGCUCGACUUUGGCACUCAACUGUCCCCUGCAUAUUUAUUGAUGGGUGAAAUCCAAGAAUUUGGAGUUGACGUUGGGUAUUAUAUGCAAUCUAUUUCAACUUUGGAAUUCAGCGCUUGAAUUUUGUUAAAUUGGUUUCUGAGAAACGAUUGGGGAGAAAAGGAAUGAAAUUUCGAGUGUUGAUUAUUAGUUUUCUUAUGCUAGUAGAGUUUGCUCUUUACUGACUUCCGUAUGUCUCAAUGAACACUUAUAUAUGUAAGUUCAGUUCUGUCUUUGGAGAGCAAUUCAAGAUAGCCUUUCUUAAUUUGUUGGUCCCAAAUCCGUUCCACGUUUCAUUUCAAUAGAUAUUCUCAGCAGCCAGGCUGAGAGGAUUUCUUACUUAAUUCAGUGAAGAAGCUUAUGAUAUUUGGUGACACAUUGAUCUACAGUUCGGAUUUAGAAGCUGAUGACUUUGGAUGCCAGACCAUAAUGGAGAAAGAUGUCAGUGAUGAAGAGAUUGAACCAGAGGAAUUGGAGAGACGGAUGUUGAAGGAUCGCAUCAAACUCAAGAGGAUCAAGGAAAGACAGAAGGUGGCUGCGCAGCAGACUGCAGAGAAGCAAAAGUCCAAGCAAACCUCUGAUCAAGCUCGCAGGAAAAAAAUGUCCAGAGCACAAGAUGGGAUCCUUAAGUAUAUGCUGAAGCUUAUGGAAGUCUGUAAAGCCCGUGGGUUUGUGUAUGGAAUUAUUCCUGAGAAGGGUAAGCCCGUGAGUGGUGCUUCAGAUAACAUUAGAGCAUGGUGGAAAGAGAAGGUAAAGUUUGAUAAAAAUGGUCCUGCGGCUAUAGCCAAGUAUGAAGCAGAGUGUCUUGCUAUGAGCGAGGCUGAUAAUAAACAGAAGGGGAACUCACAUAGCAUUCUCCAAGACCUGCAAGAUGCAACGCUUGGGUCACUUCUAUCUUCUCUGAUGCAACAUUGUGAUCCUCCUCAGCGGAAGUAUCCAUUGGAAAAGGGUGUUCCUCCACCGUGGUGGCCAACUGGGAAUGAAGAUUGGUGGGUACAACUUGGUCUACCCCAUGGACAGAGUCCUCCUUACAAGAAGCCACAUGAUUUGAAGAAGAUGUGGAAAGUUGGAGUGUUAACUGCAGUUAUAAAGCACAUGUCACCAAACAUUGCAAAAAUAAGGAGGCAUGUCCGCCAGUCCAAGUGUUUACAGGAUAAGAUGACGGCAAAGGAAAGUGCAAUUUGGUUAGGGGUAUUAAGUCGAGAAGAAGCUCUGAUUAGGCAGCCUAGUAGUGAUAAUGGUUCAUCUGGAAUAACUAAAACACGGCCUGGUGUACCAGUUGAAACUAAGCAAGGGCCAGCUAGCAGUGAUAGCAAUUAUGAUGUUGAUGGUGCUGAUGAUGGUGCUGGUUCUGUUUCUUCUAAAGACAAUAGGAAAAAUCAGUUGAUGGAUGUUGAUUCGUUAGAUAAACGGAGGAUGGGUCCUGAUUGUAUCCAAGAUAAAGAGCGACCUGAGAAGCAACGCUGGAAGAAAAAACCCCGUUUUAUAUCAAGUGCAUCUGACAGAGUACCUGCAUCAUCUCAAAAUGAAGCCUUACAUGUUGAGCCUAUCAGCACUCUGCUGAAUAAGACCCAGAAGGAAGUGCCAGGAACUGGAUUCCAAAUUCAUGAAAAUGGAGAGGUCAAUGAGACAGAUUCUGUUCUGACGCCCUUGGAGAAAGGUCUUGAGGUGACGACUCAAAUGCCAGCACAUGAAUUUGGUCAGUACCCUUACCUGAAUUCAAACACCACAAUUUCCUCAGAAAGCAUGCACAUGAAUGGAAGACCAUUGCGCUAUGAUGCAAUGCAAGAUCCUGAUACACAUAAUCUAGAUACUUGUAAUGCUUAUGAUUCGGCAGCAGGAUUUAGGCCUAAUUGUGAAGGGCAGCUAUUGCAAUCGGGAAAUGGUGAACUGUUUCGGCAAGAGAAUGACGCAGCCCCUAUGCCAGCUGGACAUAUGAAAGGGGGUGAGAUUACUGGAGUAGACCUGCAGUAUUAUGUAAAAGAUACAUUUCAAAAUGAGCUAGAAAGGCCUAUGGAAAACCCUUUCCUUGGAUCGCCAAUCCAUGGGCUGUCGUUAGAUUUUGGAGGACUCAGCACUCCACCAUUUGAUCUUGAUGAUAUCUUGGGUGAUGAUGAAAUGAUGGAGUACUUUGGGGCAUAGAUUUUAGAAUUGGGGACUUGGUGCAGAGAUUGUAAGUGCUAUUCUCUUAAAUUUUCCCAAAUUAACCCAAAGUAGAAUCACUUGUGUUCUAGUAUUGUUUCUUGACUCAUCCUUUUCCAGGAACUUUAAAUUCUUGCUGUAAAUUGUUCUGCUGGGUGAAGGUUCCCAGAUCAGUAUCAGGAUGCUGUUCGAUUUGAAAAGUGAUAAUUUUAAUGUUAAUAUGUCAUCAAUUUA